CAUGUGACAGCGCGUUUGAUUCAAACAUACAUCUUCCGGAAUACUUCGGUUUCUGUUGUGAUUGAAAUUGCGCGAUUCCAUGUUCUUCAAAGGCCGGUCAUGACGAUCAAGAAGCGGCCCAGGGCGCCGACCGACCCCCUCGAAACGGCGAAUCGCCAGUCGGACGAGGACUUCAUCCGCAACUACCUGAAACCUAGCGAAGGGUGGACGAAAUGGGCGCAUCCGCGGACCGAGGCCCCUUACACCCUAUCACUGAAGGGCGUCCCAUCCCUGACGACUGCUGAGCUUGCGGCCUGCUUUGCUCUGGUUGAGAAGACGAGCAGUGCCGACUACCGGGCCUCGUCUAUGGGGUGGAGCCCGUUCAAGAAGACUGAGAUGAAAUCACCCGACUUGCGGUACAUCCUCGUCACGGACGAAUCGGGCUCUCUGCGUGGGUUCACGAGUUUCAUGCCCACGUGGGAGGAAGGGGAACCGGUGAUAUAUUGCUACGAAAUCCAUCUCGAAGAUGAUCUGCGUGGCACUGGAUUGGCCGGGUUGCUCAUGGGCUUUCUCGAGACAGUUGCGGUCAAUAUUCCGCUCAUUGAGAAGGUCAUGUUGACCUGCUUCCUGAGAAACGCGAAAGCCGUGGCAUUUUACAAGAAGCUGGGAUUCGUGAAGGAUGCCAUCUCGCCCCAGGAAAGGAGGUUGAGGGGUGGUAAGCUCUUUGUGCCUGACUAUGUCAUCAUGAGUCGAACGAUUUCACGAACAGCUACUUGAAGGGGGAAUCGGCAUGUCGUGGGUAUAUGCUAAUCGUCUUCUGUGUCUUCUACGCGUCGCUUUGUGGUAUAAUGUGGCCACAUGCUCGUUCUGAGAUGGUAAAGUGAGAGAUGUGAUGCGUAACAACAAGCAACGAA